AUGGAGCCACUCACUAAUCCCGACCCGGAUCGGUAUUCCAAGGUGCUGGGACUAAAUUUCAAAGGAUCAAAUACGUCUGGUAAGAUAUGGGUAUUCGCCGAGGAGGGUGCCAACUUCAUCAUUGAGGAGGACUCGGACCAAGUCCUACACGGAAGGCUUACUUCGCACCGCAUGGCGAAUCAUAUCUCCAUUUCGGCCAUCUACGCUAAAUGUAGUAGGUUGGAGCGACACCCUCUGUGGGAUAAAAUGAGGGAGAUAUCAUUCAGGACGGAAGGAACCCCGUGGCUGAUUGGAGGGGAUUUUAAUACGAUCCUUGCACACGAAGACAGGGUUGGUAGUGAAACCAACCGGCAAGCAGAGAUGAUUGAUUUUGCCGAAGCAAUUGAAGAUUGGCGGCUUUUGGACCCGGGAUUGGAUGGUGCGGAGUUCACUUGGGCUAAAAAUGGCUUGUUUGAGAGGUUGGACAGGCUGCUUGUUAAUGAGGCAUGGUCUAAUGCGUUUGAGGCAACAAGGGUGACUAAUCUCCCAAGGGUUUCCUCGGAUCAUGGUCCGAUUCUUGCAAGGUGUAAGAUGCCGAGGCUUCCCUCCGGGGGCAGCGCCUUUCGUUUCCAAAACAUGUGGGUCCGGCAUGAAGGCUUCCUGCAGCUUGUGCAGAAUAUUUGGGCUCAACCAACAGAGGCGAAUGGGCUAUUGAAUCUCCAAACUAAGCUUGGUAGGAGCAAAAAGGCCCUCAAGGCGUGGAACAAGGAGGUUUUUGGCAACAUUCACGCCAAUCUCAAAGGAAUGGAGGAAAGAAUCGCGCAGGCUCAAGCCGACUUUGAGGCUGAUCCAACGCCACACAAUAGAUCCGAGAUCAACAAAAGCAUUGCCGAUGCUCCAGAUCCGGAUGGCUUCUCGGCCGUCUUCUACCAAACAUGUUGGGGGAUUCUUGGAACGGAUGUGGUGGAAGCCAUAAAACAGGUCUUUCUUGGGGCCUACCUCCCUCGGAGCGUUACGGCCACAAACAUUGUCCUUAUCCCGAAGAAGGCCUCGCCCGAGACAUGGGCCGAUUAUCGCCCCAUAAGCCUUUGCAACGUCCUCAACAAGAUUAUUACAAAAGUUCUAACCGCACACCUUGCGCCUUUUUUGCCACAGGUUAUCUCCCCGAACCAGAGUGGAUUCGUGAAGGGGCGGCUCCUACAUGACAACGCCCUCCUCGCCCAAGAGAUGUUCCACGAAUUAGCAAGGUGCUCCCCUGCACCGAAUGUGGCCAUUAAGAUCGACAUGGCCAAGGCGUAUGAUAGAGUGCAAUGGAGCUUCUUGAUCAAGGUGCUUCGGCGCAUGGGUUUCUCGGAUGCGUGGAUCGACCUGAUUGAAAGGUGCAUUGGUUCUUGUUGGUUCUCGGUCCUUAUUAACGGUGUCCCAACUGGAUUCUUCAAAUCUACUCGGGGGCUCAGACAAGGAGACCCCAUCUCCCCGGCGUUGUUUGUGAUUGCCGAAGAGUAUCUCUCCAGGGCCCUCGACAAGCUCAUCCUUGGUAAAAAAGAGAUGACCUUCAAAGCGGCCAGGAGGUGCAUGGAAAUCAGCCACUUAGCAUAUGCCGAUGACAUUAUUAUCUUCACUCAAGCAGCUGCAACCCCAUUGCGUCGGCUUAGAGAUACCUUGACGGCGCACGAGCAUUGGGCGCAUGAAAUCCAAAACGAAGGAGGCUUUGCUCGGGGGUCCUUCCCAUUCCUCUAUUUGGGGGUCCCUAUAUACCGUGGAGUCAAGAAAACCGAAAUGUUCAUGUUCAUUCAAGAGAAGAUCGCUAGAAGGAUUUCCGGAUGGGCGCAUCGUCAUAUAUCUUUUGGAGGAAGGCUAACUCUCAUUAAGAGCACUCUUGAGGCAGUUCCUAUCCACAUCUUCCAAGCCAUUGAGCCCACGGCCGGAACCCUUAAGCUACUCGAUCAGCAAUUGGCUCGCUUCUUUUGGGGCUCGACGACUGAGAAAAAACGGACACAUUGGAUCAGCUGGGACCAAAUGUGCCUCCCCACCAAGGAGGGAGGGCUCGGGAUCCGAAAGUUCACAGAAGUUCUAAGAGCAUUCAACAUUAAACUCUGGUGGCGGUUCAGAGAACAGAACUCUUUAUGGGCCCGGUACAUGAUGAGAAAGUAUUGCGCCAAUUCCUCGCCACUUUCGCCAAGGAUCACGGGAAGGAAUAGCCAGACGUGGAGGAGGCUGGCCAAAGCUUGGGCCCACGCUCACCCGCACAUUCGUUGGAUUGUUGGUCAAAGUAAGAUCUACUUCUGGGAUGAUAUAUGGCAUGGCAACGUCCCUCUUAGGGGGCUAUGUUUCGACGAGAGGGGCAGCCCUACAACGAUUGUCUCGGAUUUUAUCACGGAUGGUGAGUGGGACGCUCCAAAACUCCAAGUUCUCCAUGACCAGGCGGGCCUUCCCCAACAGAUCAUUGAUCAAAUUUGCAAAACCCCGAUACUCCCCGGGGAGCCGGACAUCCCACGAUGGACGCUCACAAGGCGAGGAGAUUUCUCGCUAGCCUCGACUUGGGAGACGGUCCGGUCGCCUCAACCCAUCAUCCAAGGGCUCGAGGAGAUUUGGACGGCUGGCCUCACAACUACCAUCGCUAUCUUCAAUUGGAGGCUCAUAUCUAACCGCAUCCCUGUUGACGCAAAGCUGCAAUGGCGCAAGAUUGAACUCGCAUCCAAAUGCCAGUGCUGCCCACACAGGCCUAGUACCGAGUCUCUCCAACAUCUCUUCAUUCAAGGAGUAGGUGCAACAAGAGUGUGGAGGGAAUUCGACGGGUGGUUCGAAGGCUCGGCCCCCACUCUCGUGGUCAAUGACACGAUCCCAACAAGAAUUGAGGUAUGGGCGAGAAGAGUGCAGCAGCCGGGAAGGAAGCACCUCAGCCGAGCCAUGCCUUACCUUAUCUUCUGGUUCCUCUGGGCAGAGAGAAAUAGAAGCCGCCAUCAUGAUGUUCAAUUCAAACCGAGCAAUGUUAUUUGGCAAAUCCUCACUUUCGUCCGAAACAACAUGGCCAAUGGGAGGCUUAAGCCAAAGCAUUGGAGAGGGGUUAGGCUCGGAGUCACAACAGGAAAAGCUGGGGGAGGCGGCCUCAUUCGAGACCAUUUGGGUAAGGCGCUCGUCGCCUAUGCGCUCCCUCUCGAAGCACAUUCACCACUCGAAGCCGAACUACUCGCCAUGCACCACGGCUUGAUGCUGGCCUCGGAGCUUGAGAAACCAAUUUGGCUCGAAUCGGACGCCGAGCAAGCACUCAAUCUCAUUAAAGGGCCAAGUUGGGGGCCUGCUCACACUCGCCAAGCCAUGGCCCACAUGACCUUACACAAGCGUCAACUCACACUCCGAACUACCUUCAUCCACCGUGAAGGCAAUAAGGCGGCUGACUUACUUGCGAAGAUUGGUGUCGACUUGAGUCACAGUCGAGUCUUGGAGGCCCAAGACUUACCGAGAGCCGUCCAAGAUGUCAUUCGAAUGGAACAAAUGGGGAUUCCGAACUUCCGGGUCCGUGCCGAGGAAGAUGCUUAG